AAAGAGAGCGAGCGAGCAAGCUCAGAGAGAAAGAGAGCGAGCGAGCUCAGAGAGAAAGAGAGCCAGCGAGCUCAGAGAGAAAGAGAGAGAGAGCGAGCGAGCUCAGAAAGAGAGAGCGAGCGAGCUCAGAAAGAG